UUGCGGGCUACUCCAACUUGAACAUUAUCGGAAGGAGUAAGGUUUGAGUGAAAUAUUUGAGAGAGUAGGCAAGAAUGGGGAGUUCAUAACGAUCGGACCACUAAAUGACCAGUGAAGAGUUCUAAAACGUAUCACGGCUAUCAGAUCUAGAAAUUUCUCCCUCUGUCCACCUCAGCAGCUGUCUUAACUACCUAAUCAAUGUGACGAACAACAUCAUCACAGUAACUUGAGAAAUGGGCCAAGGCCGAGGGAAAUAUGAUUUCUACAUCGGUCUGGGGUUGGCCGUCAGUUCCAGCAUUUUCAUUGGUGGAAGUUUCAUCCUAAAAAAGAAAGGUCUUCUUCGUUUAGCCAGAAAGGGCUCUAUGAGAGCAGGUCAAGGAGGCCAUGCAUAUCUUAAGGAAUGGCUCUGGUGGGCUGGACUGUUGUCAACUGCAGCUGAGAGGGCUUGCAAUGUCAAGUCCCAUUCUAGGCGUCUGGCCAGGUUGCGUAGCGAGUGUGUGGGUGCUGGUGAAGUAGCCAAUUUUAUAGCCUACGCCUUUUCUCCUGCUACAUUAGUUACGCCAUUGGGAGCUCUCAGUGUACUUGUAAGUGCUGUCCUGUCUUCAUACUUUCUAAGUGAGAGACUUAAUCUGCAUGGUAAAAUUGGCUGCUUACUAAGUAUGGUGGGUUCAACAGUGAUGGUCAUUCAUGCCCCACAGGAAGAGGAGGUGGAAACUUUAGAAGAAAUGUCAAACAAACUAGGAGCACCAGGUUUUGUCGUUUUUGCAACACUAGUAAUCAUUGUGUCAUUGAUGAUGAUUUUUGUGGUAGGACCACGCCAUGGACAGACAAACAUUCUUGUUUAUAUCACAAUCUGCUCAGUCAUUGGAGCAUUGUCAGUCUCUUGUGUAAAAGGACUGGGCAUUGUUAUAAAGCAGCUAAUUGCAGGAAAACCUGUACUUCGACAUCCUUUGUCCUGGAUAAUGCUGCUAAGUCUUGUGGCCUGCGUAAGUACUCAGAUCAACUAUUUAAACAAAGCCUUGGACAUUUUUAACACCUCUGUUGUGACUCCCAUAUAUUACGUGUUCUUCACAUCUUCAGUGUUGACUUGUUCUGCUGUUCUUUUCAAAGAGUGGCAACACAUGGACAGUAAAGAUAUCAUUGGCACUUUCAGUGGCUUCAUCACAAUCAUUGUGGGCAUUUUUCUGCUGCAUGCCUUUAAGGAUGUCAAUUUGACACUGGCAAACCUUCCUGUUUCCAUAAGGAAGGAAGACCAGACUGCUGCAAAUGGAACUGUAGUAAGUAUGUAUGGAAGAUUUAAUCAUGAGAAGGACAGCCAUACACUUGAAAAUGGGAUUGAUGUGCAUAUAAAAGAGGCCAUUUCUUCUAGAAGAAAUGGAAACCUGUCACCAUUGUAAAAGCAAAAGAUUACCAGCAUCCAUGGAAAUUAAAUCUUUCUAAGAUAUGAAUUUGAGUCCAUUACCAGUCAGUUCCCUCUCAGCUUGGAGCAGUGUUUUAUGUUUUCUGGAGGCAAUCAGAAGCAUUUUUUUUGUCUGAGAGGUAGUGCUUGGGAUGAUUGGCCUGGACCAGUGAAUAUUAGUUUUAAUCUGCAUUACCCAUUUAUUUUUUUACUUUUGAAAUCUGUAAAUGUUUAUAGUUUGUUCUUGCUUUUAACUAUUUAACCUUGUAAAUAUGUAAAUAUUUUGAUUCUUUUUAAAUUUAUUUGAUUAUUCCUGAACAGGGAAAUAAUGCACCAGUGCCUAUUUUAAAUGUAUAUCUAUAAUAAAUUGUAAAUGACUUUAA